CCCAGUGAUGACAAGUCAUGGGAAUUUUUCCCAUAUAGGAGCCGUUGUGCGCAUGCGUGAGCAUGACGUCAGACGCCUCGACGCAAGCGUUUCCAGUGAUGGAUGUAAACGCAGAUAGUAGAUGCAAAUAGUGCGCGCGAAAGGUCCCGCGCAGCUGUCUAUUACAGUUGUUUCACGUUUUUCCCUGGGGACCUAAUGAUACCUUCAAAUAUAUAUGUCCGUGAAGCUACCACACGUUUGCUCAGUGUACGUGCGCGACUUUUCCCAUAACUUGUCAUCAUUGUUGCGAUUGCCGGUUGUCGUCGCCAAGAAGUUAAAGUUGGAUAACUCUCUUCAAAUACAAUCGCAACUGUCUUACGACCGAAAAUAACACUUUGUAACUAGUAGUUGCCAUUCUUCACAACUCGCAACUGAGUAUUUGCAACCUAUUCUGAACCGGGCUUAACUGCUUAAGUUCGUUUGUGUGUGAUGGCCUUUAUUUCUAUUCUCUGUUCCUGUUGUCUAGUAUUGUAUAAUGGCCUUAAAGAACAGACCAUUUGUCGCUAUGACAGGUUUCCUAACCUGCAUACCUAUCAACUUUAAUGAUUCAUAUUUCGCUUUGCGGAGUCGAGUGAUGAUUUUAACUUUCAUAUUCGAUUUCUACGCGUCAAAAUACAUAAGACAGGUGAGUUGCAGCAAAAUCAAAGAAAAAAUUGCCAAUGUCAUUAUCUCGACGAGGUUGAUAUGCUUUCAUUGUUGGAAGAAAAUAAAUUUGAAUGCCGGGUUAGUUCGGUAUUAAAUAAAAACAUUCGAUCUUACGGAAAGAAACACAUGUUCGACAAAUCCAAUGAAACAUGUUGGAAUUCCGAUGCAGGUACUCCACAAUGGGUUAUUAUUAACUUUGAGAAAGAGUGUAGUCUUUCCAGCUUUGAAAUAGAAUUUCAAGGUGGAUUUGUUGGUAAAGAUUGCUACCUGGAAGCUGGUAACAAUGAGAAAGAUACAACAGUUGCAGAAGCAUUUUAUCCAGAAGAUGUUAACAAUCUACAGCGAUUCAACUUGGUUAACAAGAUCAAAGCCAAAACUUUAAAAUUUAUAUUCAAUCAGAGUACAGAUUUCUUUGGCAGAAUUAUUAUAUAUAAUUUAUCAUUAUACUCAUGAUAUUAUAUAUAUAUA